AUGGAUGGCUUUACUGAUCUGCAGCCGCCUCAGGCUUACGAGGAGAUUCAAUGGCUGGCCGACACUCUGGUCUUUUUCAUGGGCGUCGGCUGGCUUAUCAAUUAUGCGGGCAUGAUCUGGCACUCAUACAAGGGCGAGACCUACAGCAUGGCCAUCAUCCCGCUCUGCAAUAAUAUUGGAUGGGAGCUCGUGUACACACUCGUCUACCCGUCGUCAAACCGGGUAGAGGUGGCGGUCUUCGCGGCCGGUGUCACUCUCAACGUCAUCAUCAUGGUCGCCGCGACCCGCGCGGCGAAGACGGAGUGGAGCCAUUCGCCUUUGGUUGCCCGUCACACACCCCUUAUCUUUCUGGCAGGAACUCUCAUGUGCUUUGCUGGUCAUCUCGCUUUGGCGGCUGAGAUUGGACCCGCCUUGGCCUAUUCCUGGGGCGCUGUCAUAUGUCAAAUCGUGUUGAGCCUCGGCGGGCUCUGCCAGUUGCUGCAGAGAAACAGCACAAGGGGCACGUCAUGGACUCUAUGGCUAAGCCGAUUUCUCGGUUCCAGCUGUACCGUGGGCUUUGCCUCGCUCCGGUGGAAAUUCUGGCCCGAGGCAUUUGGGUGGCUAGGAAGUCCGCUGGUCCUCUGGAGCCUUGCAGCGUUUCUGCUGAUUGAUGCGACUUACGGGGUUUGCUUGUAUUUCGUGUCUAGGGCCGAAAGUCUGGCAAGGAAGCCCUUGAAGUCGCAGUGA